UCCUUUGCUUGGUUCGCCCAUUACUCUCUUCUCUCACUCUUACGAAUUUCGAAAAAGAAAACCCGAUUUCGAUUUUCUUAGAUCUGAAGAGGGCAAAGACCAAAACCCUAGCGAGAAGUACGCUUCUGGUUAGAGGUUAGAGAUAGUCUCUUCAAUGGCUGAAGUGACUAAUCAAAGUCCUUUGCAUGGUGAAAUUACAUGUGGGUCUCUUCUACAACAAUUGCAGAGAAUCUGGGAUGAGGUUGGUGAAAAGGAAGAUGAGAGGGACAGGAUGAUUCUUGAGAUAGAGGAAGAAUGUUUGGAUGUGUACAAGAGGAAGGUAGAUCAGGCUGCUAAAUCAAGGGCAGAGCUUCUUAGGACAUUGGCAGAUGCCCAAGUUGAACUCACCAGUCUUUUAUCUGCUCUUGGAGAGAAAACUUUUGUUGAGAUUCCUGAAAGAAAUUCAGGGACUAUUAAAGAACAACUUGCUGCUAUAGCUCCCCUUCUUGAACAACUAUGGAAACAGAAGGACGAGAGAAUAGAGGAGUUUUUCGAAGUUCAAUCUCAGAUACAAAAGAUUCGUGGAGAGAUUACUGGGGCCAAUGGCCAGAAGGGAAAUCCCGCCGUUGAUGAAUCUGAUCUUUCACUCAAAAAGUUAGGCGAGUUUCAGUCUCAGUUGCAAGAACUGCAGAAGGAAAAGAGUGAUAGGUUGCAUAAGGUUCUUGAGUUUGUAAGUUCUGUUCAUGAUCUUUGUGCUGUCCUUGGAAUGGAUUUCUUCAGUACUGUCACCGAAGUUCAUCCAAGCUUAAAUGACUCUACUGGUGUUCAAUCGAAGAGUAUUAGCAAUGACACCUUGUCUGUGCUGGCUAAAACGGUUUUAGCACUAAAAGAAGAGAAGCAACAGAGGUUACAUAAGCUUCAAGAAUUAGCAAGUCAGCUUGUCGACCUGUGGAAUUUGAUGGAUACUUCAGAAGAAGAACGUCAAUUGUUUGAUCAUAUCACUUGCAACAUAUCAGCAUCAGUUGAGGAAGUAACUAUUCCUGGAGCUCUUGCACUAGAUCUUAUAGAGCAGGCUGAAGUGGAAGUAGAGAGACUUGAUAAGCUAAAAGCUAGUAGGAUGAGGGAAAUUGCUUUUAAGAAACAAGCAGAACUGGAAGAGAUAUAUGCUCGUGCUCAUGUUGAGAUUGAUCCUGAAGCUGCUAGGGAAAACAUAAUUUCACUGAUUGAGUCUGGGGAAGUUGAACCUUCUGAAUUGCUUGCGGAUAUGGAUAAUCAAAUAACAAAAGCAAAGGAAGAGUCUGCAAGUAGGAAAGAAAUACUAGAUAAAGUGGAGAAAUGGACUUCUGCUUGUGAAGAAGAGAGUUGGCUUGAAGAUUACAGUAGGGAUGACAAUAGGUAUAAUGCAAGCAGGGGUGCACAUCUCAAUCUCAAGAGGGCAGAGAAAGCCCGGAUUCUGGUUAACAAAAUUCCAGCUCUUGUGGAGACUUUAAUUGCAAAAACUCGAGCCUGGGAAGAAGACCGCAGCUUGCAAUUUACCUAUGAUGGUGUUCCUUUGCUUGCAAUGCUAGAUGAAUACGCAAUGCUGAGGCAAGAUAGAGAAGAAGAGAAACGAAGGUUAAGGGAUCAGAAAAAGUUCCAUGAGCAGCUAAGCACAGAAACAGAAUCUGUUUUCGGUUCAAGGGCUAGCCCAAGCCCAGUUCGACCAUUGAGUAGUAAGAAGUCAGUUAGCCCUCGUACAAAUGGAACAACUGGCAGACGUCUGUCAUUAAAUGCAAACCAAAAUGGUUCAAGGUCUCUAAACAAGGAUGGAAAGAGGGAUAAUGCCAGACCAGCGGCGCCUGUGAACUAUGUUGCCAUAUCGAAAGAAGAGAAUAACGGUGCUUCAAUUAUUCCCCAGACUGAGCCUGUUGUUCUUGCAUCUCCCUAGUAACUGAACUAAUCGAAUGAGUGAUCUAGCGAAUCUGUAGGCUUAGAUUGUGAGUCAUAUUUGUUAGUUGUUGUAGAUCUCUUUUGCCUGUUUCUGAAGAAUGAAUGAACCAUGAGUAAUUUAAAAGUGAUUGAUGACUGACUGCAUUUGCUUAUCACUGUUUGUCAAUUUUAGCAUUUAGAGAAGCUCUUUU